AGGAUGACGAGGACUCCGAAAUAGAGCAAAACCUUCCAGUUUCAGCCAGACCUGCCUGUGCGAAUAAAUUAAUAGACUAUAUCAUAGGGGGAGUUUCCAGUGGGGAGGAGAGCGUGGAUGAUGAGGAAGACUGGGAUGAUGAUGACGACGGGUUUGAUAGCGAAGGGCUCCCCUCGGAUUCAGACGCUGGUAGCCAGGACGGGGAGAGGCUUCAUCUUUGGAAUUCCUUCUACAGUUUGGAUCCGUACGACCCUCAGAACUUCACGGCCACCAUUCAGACAUCUUCCAGCGAUCCAGGAAAGGAUAUGUCGGAGGAGGAGGAGGAGGAGGAGGAAGAUUCUUCGUGGGCAGAGGAGUCUUCAGACUCUCCUCACCCUGGUUCUGAAGAGGAGGACGAGUGGGACUGUAGCAGUGUGGAUGAGGCAGAAAACUUGAAACUUUGGAACUCGUUCUGUACUUCAGAUGAUCCAUAUAAUCCUUUAAAUUUCAAGGCAGCCUUUCAAACAGCAGAGAAAAAAGGGACGCCUGGUUUAAAAGGAGCAGAGAGGCCAAGUUUGGUCGCUUCGGAGCGUAGUCACUUAACUGUCUGUCGGGUGCAGUUGGAAAAACAUAACUGUGGGGUCACUGACUUUGUGCAGCAUGGCAUUCUUUCUGGUGAGAAAUGUAGAAGUACCAAGCGGAAAAAGGUAACCUUCCUUGAAAAAGUUACUGAGUAUUACAUAAGCAGUGAGGAGGAUCGUAAAGGACCCUGGGAAGAGCUUGCACGAGAUGGAUGCAGGUUCCAGAAACGUAUCCAAGAAACAGAAGAAGCCAUAGGAUACUGCUUCACAACAGAGCAUCGACAAAGAGUAUUUAAGAGACUCCAAGAAACCUACUACAAGAGGGUUGAUCUCUUCUAGCACCUUAAAAGAUCUGGUAGUUGUGUGACCCUAAGCACUCACAAACAUCUUCAAA